AUGUCGCUCUUCCGCGACAUCCCGGCACCACCACCGUCCUCCUCCCUCUUCGCCUCGCCCCCCAAGCAACAGCCAGAGCCGCCUGUCAAAAACCACCCCUCCUCAGGCAGCAUAUCCCGCAACGACCUUUUCACCACCUCCUGGCAGCCCGAUAUCGCUCCCCCCCGGCCCCUUCAGAGCGAACCUAUUGGCAAUUCCGCCGGUGGAUCCUCUUCUGAUGAAGAUGGGGGGUCCAGAACAAUGCCGACGGUGACUUCGCCAGGUCGCAUCAGUGGAUACCACGCGAAUACUAAGCCCUCGCCCAUGCGCCGGCGGGAAUUCACUUCACUCGACUCGCGGGGUCCUAUCGCCUCGUCCCCCUCCAAGGCCAGUGCGCUGGCCAGCACCAGCCCGACAGUCGAUGAGUUUGGCGUCUCGAGACCCUCUGCUAUCCCACCCAGCACCCACAGCCAAGGGCUGGCGAAAGAAGAAUCACCUCGCACAUCUUCCUUCUUUGACGUCGCGACCGACCUCCCCGCCCCGCCCCCACCUGCCCCCCGUCUAACCUCCUCCAUCCCUUCCUCCUCUGCCAACUCCCACAUGGGUUCCCCAGUGUCUGGCUUAUCGCGCUCGGCUAGUCUACGCCGCGCGGGUAAGACAUUGCCGGCACCAUUACCUUUAUCUCGAACGGGGUCGAACGGCGUGGGGCCGGGGUCGAUCGCACAUGCGCCCUUGAGUUUCGGAGGAGGAGAAAAGCAGAGAUCGUGGGACUCGUAUACGUCGUCGCAUUCGUCGACGCCAUCGGCCUCGGGGUCGUAUGUCCCGGCGGCGGACGAUCCUCUCUCGCCUCUUCAUCAGUCACCACAACUGCCGCCUUCAGGCGUGGGACUGACGGACGAUUGGAUACCGCCCUUACCGCCGUCUCUGGAUGAUAUCGAACUCCGCCUCAUACCCAACAAGACAUACCUGCUUGGGCAGGGCCGGUAUUCCGACGUCUAUCUGGGAGCGUACAAGCGCGUGAGAAAGAAGAAGAUCCCAGUGCGAGGCAAGGAUCUACUGGGACGGCCGUCGAGGCUUUCCGACAAUAUCAUUAGCUUGGAUAAGAAGGAAGAAGGGUCGGAUAUGGAGCUGGAGGUGAAUGAGGAUGGGGAUGGGCUUGUGGGAGGGAGCUGGAAGCUGUGUGCUGCAAAGCGCCCGGCAGCUGACAGGGAUGCGCAGACGAUGGGUCUUCGUGAGGCUUUCUUUCUCAACAGACUGAGGGCUACGUCACCAGCCCAUGAACGGUCUACCUUUCCCCGGUCGACGACGCGUACAAGAGCUGUAUCUCCCUUGCGAGAUACGUUUGCCGGCGCUCAGGCGCAAAGAAAGCCAGUCCGGAAUGGAAGCGUCUAUAUCGCAAAACUCAUUGCUGUCAAGGAAGACUUUGAUAACCCCCACUUUUCAUCACAUUCCCGAUCGACAUCAGAUGCAGUCAAGGGUGACAAGUCGGGGUCUCAUCUGUCCGUCUCGGGUACUCUGACUCGGCAGAGAAGUUCUACGAUGCUACCUUUCCAAACCCCUCCCAACGCCCAGAUUCAAUCAGCCGCCAACAAGGUCUCUGCUGGUGUAUCGAAACCUAUCCCUUCGACAGAGAUCACCAACCUUCCUUCCUUCCCUUCAUACCCCUCACUCGCUGAAGCGAUACGCCAAGAACAGUACUCAAAUCCCCCACUGCCUUCGAUCUCGAGGUUGGUGCUGGUACUUGAACAUGCGCCUUUAGGGACGCUGGAUAGGUUGUUGAGGACGAGCCCGCAGCUGGUGGGGAAAAAGUUGUUUGCGAGAUGGGCGAGGGAGGCCACAGAGGGGCUGGAGUGGGUGCAUGCGAAUGGUGUUGUUCAUGGUGACAUAAAGCCCGGCAAUAUACUUUUGACGGCAGACUUACAUAUCCGUAUAUCGGAUUUCGGGUCUUCUCUCCUCAUCCACCCUGCUCACCCACCGACAGAUGGUGUUGGUCUUGGCACAUUGCCCUUCUCUUCACCCGAGCUUGUGGACAAGAGCGCCACAUUCUCCUUCCCCGUCGACAUCUGGGCGCUCGGCGCGACUCUCUACCAGUGUAUCACUGGUCGUGAGCCGUACAGAGGCCUCCGGAUCAUGGAGCUGACGCACCGCGUCAAGUCUGGUGGUUUGUGGCCCUAUGAGGAGAGCGAGCGUCUCAGCCGGGUCGGCCAAGGGGUAGAAGUCGAUGGCACGCCUUUCCCAUCCGCUUGGAGGGAACCUGUAUGCUCUGGCUCGAGCGACUUUGCUACGAAUUCUGUGGCGGGUAUCAGGCGAGCCGGGUCAUUGCGUGUCCCAUCGACAUACUCGACGCUCGGUAAAGAACCCUCAGCUACAUUCUCUGGUCGUCCCAGGCUGAACAGGAUGACGAGUGCCGAGUCUAUCCGGGCCAACGAGGAUGCUACUUCCUCUGCCAGCCCGGCAGCCAUCAAGCUCUGGUCUAAAUGGGUCAAGGGCGGGGCGGGGCUCGACCCCGUCACUGCGCUCCUGGCAGAAGACAGUACCCCAGCCGAGUUUUGGGAGGAGAUGCAAGCUUCUGGUGGUGUAUCCAGACAGAGCAGUUUGAGGCGUAGCACUUCUUUGAGAAGGGACGAGGAUUCAGACGGUGAGAUUGAAGAAGGGACGAGGCAAAGGCAGGCCUUGAAGAUUGUUACCCAGCCUGUACCUUAUUCGUCCCCUGCUCUGGCAACGCCGACGGUCAAUACCCUUCCUCCGUCUCCUGCACCCACACCCUCGCCAUGUAAGCUACCCCAGACCGAAGGGUUCCUCCCUCUUCAGCCUCCAGCCCCUCAGCCUCAGACGCCUACUCGUCGUCAGACGCUUACGGAAGCCUACUCCGAUGGCUCCCCCGCGAUGCUCUACCUUGACCAGUCUGAGCGCGUGUCGGAGGAGGUGAGGGAUGUGAUCAAGGGGAUGUUGGAGGUGGAUCAGUGGGAGAGGUUGGAAGCGAGAGAGGUCAGGGCGAAGUGGGAUGAGCUGGGGAUCGGGGCUGGAGAUGAUGAGAUUGGAGAGAUGGAGGUUGAUGAGGGGAUGUGA